GUGAGCAGGAAGUUGAUGCUGUAUUCAUCUCUGAGACUGUCUCAUUUGUGAACGUGAGAGCAAGAACAGAGACUGAGAGAGACAGAGAAGCACGAUGGCUGCAUUCACAUGGAUUCAAAUGUCUUCAUUACUGAUACUGAUGCUUCAGUUUAAAGGAACAACUGAGCAACAUCAAACUGAUCAAACUGUCACAGCUGGACGUGGACAUGAUGUUACUCUGCCUUGUAAAAAUGUGAUACAAGGUCAGCAUAACUGUAUCAGUACUACCUGGAUCUUCAGUGAUUCAAGCAGCACAGUAGCACUCUUUGAACUUGGGCAGAAUAAAGAAGCCAAACCUAAAUCAGACAGACUGAGUGUUUCUGCAGACUGUUCUCUGGUUAUAAAGAAGGUCACAGAUCAGGAUGUUGGUCAUUACACCUGCAGACAGUUCAAAAAAGCAACAGGAUCACAAGAACAUCCAGACUUUAUUAUUGAUCUGUCUGUUAUUAACAGUGAAGAUGUGACAACAACAGAAUCAACAACAGUGAAGUUCACCACAAGAACAUUACCGACAACAAAAUCCACAACAUCAGCAAUUAAAGUAACAUUAAAAAUCACAAACAUAUGGACAACAAGAGAGGAAGUAAAGACAUCAGAGGGGACAUUGGCAACAAUCAUUCAAGGUCAGGCCUUCACUGUCUGUGUGGAGAAAUUCAGUGUGAUGUUUUACAUGAUUUAA